UGGAGAUCGAGAUAAGCAGAUCCGCAGAUCCGCGGAACCGGAGCCAACGUGAUCUGAUUUUGGGCAAGGCUGUGGCCGCGAUACAAAAUCGAUCCCAUCGGGAAGCAAGAAAUGGUGCCCGGUGGCGCUACAAGGAUGAUCUCCAUCGAGUGUCUGCAGUAAAGUGCCCAGUCCCUUAGAGUAAACUCGAAAGCCCAAAGCUCUGCCCCGCAAGCGCACAGCUCCGAGAGCAGAUCGGAAGUGUAUAAGUGUGUACGGUACGAGAGCACACCAUCUAACGGCGGAAAGCUUCUACGGUGUUUGUGCGUGCUUUUCCGGUGGUAUAGGUGUGCCUGUUUGGCAGCUUCGCGCAUUAGCGCCCUUUCGGAGAGCGAGAAAACCGAGCCCAAGAUGCCCUGCAGUGCCGUAACGCUGUCGCUCGCGACGAUAUCCGCCAUCAUCGCCGUUGCCCUGUUGGCAAUCGCCUUCUCAACCGACAACUGGCAGAGCUACGACGUGAAGCGGAAUAACAUACAGACCUUUAUCGCCAAACAUCCGGACGCGGCCGCACUGACGGACAGCUUCAACAAUCGGCUCAUCUACUACACGCGAACACGCGGCCUGUUCCGAUACUGCUACCCGAAGGAGCGACCUCCGUCUUCGUUCGUUCAAAUCUACCUGUCGCCGGUGGAAACACACUGCUCCAACAUUGACUACUUCCCGGCGAACGACGAAAGCAAGGAAUCCGACGCGUACAGCGAUGACAUCAUGACCCGACUCCAUCUCGCACGCUCCGUCAUUGCCGCCUUCAUACUGAGUUUCGUCGUGAUCUUCUGUGCCUUCUGGACCGGGCUUUCGGGAUGCUGGAAGCGGUCGGCCGGUGCCAUAACAGCGACGGCCAUCCUGAUGCUCACCGCGUGUCUGCUCGCUGCCGGAGCGAUGGGCCUCUGGCAUACGGUGGAGUUUUUCGAGAAGGAAAAGGUGGUCGGCGAGGAGUACUACCAGCAGUGGAACUCUGUACUCCGGGACAAUACUCGUCUGUCAUACGAUUGGUCGUACAUUGUGGCCUGGGCCGGUGUGGCCUGCAGUCUGCUGGCCUCGAUCCUGCUGUCCGGAGCGGCCGUCUGUCUGCGGGGUGAGCGCGAAAAGGAAGAACAGCUGAACCUGCAGUAUCUGAUGCCCGUGUACCCCCAAAAGCAGCCUCCCUACCCGUACGGCGGUUUCCCCCAGCCUCAGCUCUAUCCGCAGCCAUACUACCACGGAUCGCAGUACGGACCGUAUAACUACUGAGUGGAAUGUUUCGCAGAGUCGCCCGACGACUGCGCGCUGACGGCGCGUGUCCGGGGACACGCGAAUGACAGCGAAACGAAAGUGGGCUGGAAAACUUCGCAGACGCAGAUCACGAUUUGGGAAAAGGUCCUUCCUUGGCAAAAAAAUUACAUGUUCAAACGGUGGCGCAGCGAUCUUCCGCGUCGUUGCGAACAUUUUUACUCAUUUUGUCGCCUCAUUUUUACUUCCAAAUGCUCAUUCUAGUGUCAACUUUUAUCAACCUGUCCAGUGGGGGAAUGGGCUGGGAUCGAUUUCACAAAGCGGGAAACAAUUUCGGUGCGGACCCUUACAGUUUGCACCGUACCGGGACGCUCCUCAUAAGACUUCUGCUAGUCCGUUCCGCUCAACAAGCUACCAACCCCCCUGUGAACUUGAAGCGCAACGCGUGUAACACACCGCGUAACCCACUUUGUGGUUGCAAUUUAACCUGUUUUUUUCUACUUUUCGAAAAAUACCGAGACACGCUCCGAGAACUGAAACUGUUGUUUUGUGCUCGCGAUUCCGGUUCCGUUGGUCCGGUCCAUCGAAAUGGCUCCUCUUGGCUCUUGAACACUUAAUUCGUCCGAUUUCCACCUAACAUACGCUCGGUUCUCAUCCAGUUAGGUUAGUGGUAACGACAGUACGAUCCGGCAUCGGUCCGGCACUGGUCGCUUCGUUUCUUACUGUAUUAUGAUAUAUAGGAGAUAAAUUAAGCAUAGUUUUCAGAGACUACCCGUUAAGCAGCGAUCAGCAUUAAAGGACAACAAAACACACAGAGUUUAGUUUGGGGAGAGAGAAACAGUAAAUUAAAACAAGGCAUUCGAAUCGAACAUAGUAAGAUAUAAGGGGGGCUUCGGAACGAUUUACUAGAAAAAACAGGCGGCAUGUGCGGGAGCGCAACGAAGAGAAAGCUAGUGCGAGUGAUA